AUGUCAUUGGUAUUUGAUCCCGAUUUAUCAGCGCACCUCCACAACCAGAUCCUUGAACGGGGAUGGAUUGGAGCCGGACGAGAUGCCGAUUCAAUCCCGUCCAAGAGCUGGUGGGAAGAGUCCUCGCCUAUCCCAUUCGAUCUCGCAUCUCGACUGAAUCCGAAGUUGAUCAGGUUCCUGCGGUCGGCAAAAGCCGUGAUGUUUAACCUUGAUUCAGAUUUCAAUCUCUUCUAUUACCUCAUGGCGCUUAAUGGAAAAGAUGAAAUCUUUGCUUCUAUCCGUUCGCUCAGAUGGUGGGUUUUGCUACCUGUGAAGACGAAUGCUUACGCGCCAACAAGAUUUGACCAAAAAACCGAGCUUGCAGCUUUUGUCCCAGACUGGGAAGAUAUGAUUGUGUCUGAUAGGGAACGGUGGCCAUGGAGGCCAUUGCAAAACAUUCUGCAAGUCUAUCUAGAGAUGUUGGAUGAGGGCAAAAUAACAACAUAUUCGGAUCGUCGGAAGGGAUCUGAAAAGUAUUCUUUCAGGGCAUUCCCUUGGGAGAUUCACCAACAUACUGCAGUAGACGUUGAGCGGGCUGUCAGUGCCUUCACUCGUCUUCUUGAUGCCAUCGAGAUUCGACUCCCAUCGAUUUCGACGCAUUCAACACACGACAGUGACAACAAACAGCCAAGCUUCGAGGGCAUAGCUCUCCCAUACUCGGAAUCGGUCAUGGAGGCGUCUUUUAUAAAAGCGGACUGGUUUGUCAAAUCUUUUCUUUCCGCUCUUCCUAUCCGCCACCUCAAAUUUCGCCAUAUUGCCCCUGGCAUUCGACUCCAAACCCCGAUCGAAUUUACAAACCAGCCACUUGCUGACCGCCGCCAUAAUGUUCUGAUUCCAGACUUUUAUGGUACCGACAAGCAGACAUCUUCAUUCCCUUUCCUCUUAUUCCGAGGGGAGAGAGAGAACAUGUCUCCCUGGAUUCGGCCAUGGUUUCCUGACGGGAAGGCAGAGAAUAUUCCCUCUGGCUUGUACAUGGAACCCACCGACGAAGGCUUUAACUGGGAAUCUGGCAACCAGAGCCGACUCUUGCUGCCGUUUAGCAUCGGCAGGAAUGGGUUUGCUCGAAGUAGCAAUGGUAUUCCAUUCAAAUUUAUUAUUGAUACGGAAACUGAGAGGCCUGAUCAACUUUACCAGUCGGAUACAUUCAGUGGCUAUAGUGGCUAUUUACCUUGGGACUCCCGCAGCUCGUAUCUACACAAAGUUUUGGAAAGUUGGGCUGAACGGGUGGAAAUGGGUGAUUGGCAGGUGGACGAAGAUGGCGUUGUCGGUGGUAUUGACAAGUUUAAGGAGGCCGACACUAAAGAGCAUUGGAGAGAAUACUUUAUUCCUUGGUGA